CAAUCAUGGCGAAGCAGUAACGGAUCUUGAUUUCGUCCCCGUCUCUCUCUGCAGCCUCCUCCGUCGAAGCUCAUUGCCCAGCUUCACCUCCUGCAGUUUCCCCUCUCUCUCUCCCUCCGAUGAGACGCUAGGGUUUCCUGAGCUCUCUCCCGCCGGCCACCAUGUCCGCCGACAAGCCGCCGCUGAAGCCCCUCUCCCCGCAGGAGUGGGAGUCCCUGAUCGAAGACUUCCAGCACGGCCGCGAGACCUGGACCUCCGCCCACCCCGCCGCCUCCGUCGCCGACCUCGCCGUCUCCUCCCUCCUCCGGCGGGACCUCCCCCUCGCCCUCAAGCACUCCCUCCUCGUCUUCCUCGAGGAGUUCGCCGACGCUCUCUUCGUCCCCGCCUCCCGGGCCCAGCUCCUGGGCCGCCUCGUGGAGGCCCUCCGCUCCGUCGUCCAGUCGCCGCUCGAUCCGGCCUUCGCCACGUACGCGCUCAAGGAGCAGGUGAUGGUGUCCACCGCCUCGAUCUUCGUCUCCGUGGUGGACGGUUUGGGCGGCGAGGAGCAGUGCGCUCGCGACCUCGCGAGCUUGGUCGAAUUGCUGCUGGCCAUCGUCAAUCGGCCGAAUCACGGGCCGGACCGGCAGACGAGGGCGGUGGCCUGCGAGUGCUUGAGGCAGUUGGAGAGGAAUUGGCCUUGCUUGUUGGCCGAGAUCGCAGGGCACCUGUGGAGCUUGUGUCAGAGCGAGCGCACGCACGCGUCGCAGAGCUACAUUCUGCUCUUCGCUCAGGUAAUCCACGAUAUCGUGACUCGUAAGGUCGACGUGUCGAUCUUGAACACUUCGGUCCCUUUGGUUCCGUUUAACUUGCCUCAAUGGGUGUUGGGUCCGACAAGGGAGGUUUCGGCUUUGAAUUACAAGGAACUGAGGAGGGCCAUGGCGUUUUUGCUUGAAUGGCCGCAAAUUCUCACCCCUUGUGGGAUGAUGGAGUUUAUGCAUAUGAUAAUACCCGUGGCGGUUGCUUUGGAGUUGCAGGCUUCAAUGUUGAAGGUCCAGUUCUUCAGCAUGAUUUAUUCCUAUGAUCCUGUGCUUUGCCACAUGGUUCUGAUGUUGUAUUUACGUUUCUUAGAUGCUUUUGAUGGACAAGAGCAUAAAAUUGCUCGUCGGCUUGUCUCAGUUUCAAGGGAAGCACAAGGUCAUCCGGUGUUUCGGAUGCUUGCCCUUCAUUGGUUAUUGGGAUUUUUCAGUGGCAUGUCGAAUCGUGUAGUUGAGAGAAAGAACAUGGUUGUUGAUAUGGCUUCAAGCUUCUAUCCAACUGUUUUUGAUCCUCUUGCUGUGAAGGCACUGAAGCUCGACCUUCUUGCCUUGUGCUCAUUGUGUCUUGGAAGCCAAAAUUCUGAGGAUGUCUCGCAAGCGGAUUCAUUGUCUGUGGUGAAACUAUUCAAGGAUGGUCUUGUCUCUGUAUCUGCUUUUAAAUGGAUGCCUCCAUGGAGCACAGAAACUGCGGUGGCAUUUCGCACCUUGUAUAAUUUCUUAAUAGGCACGCUCUCCCUUUCCGUCGAUGAUUCCAUCAAAGCGAAAAUGCUUUUGGAAUCCACGAUCUUCCGUUUUUUGCAGGGGAUGAUCGUGGAGAUGACUAUGGAGUUUCAGCAGUUAGUUCCCACUAUCGUUUCCUUCGUCAACAGAUUCUUGGGCUGUAAUAAGCACUGUUGGUUGGGAGAGCGACUGCUCCAGACACUAGAUGAGCGUUUGCUUCCAAAAGUCAGUGUAGAUUAUAAACUAGUCGCCUACUUUGCGAUAUUUGAUAAAAUUGCUGGAAAUAUCACGAUCCCCCCUCGUGGACUUCUAGAACUUCUUACCAACUUAGUCAUUUUCCUUGUCAAGAAACAUGGCCCCGACACUGGCUUAAGAUCUUGGUCACAAGGAAUUAAGGUUCUUGGAAUAUGUAGGACAAUGAUGAUGCAUCACCACAGUUCUAGAUUGUUCCUCAGACUAUCUCGUCUCCUUGCAUCUACCUGCCUUUACUUCCCUGAUUUGGAGGUUCGUGAUAAUGCAAGGAUCUAUCUAAGAAUGUUGGUAUGCGUACCUGGUAAGAAGCUCAGAGAACUGCUGAAACUUGGGGAGCAGCUACCUACCAUGACUCCAUCUGGAGAAUCUGACACAUUUUUCAAUGUGCAGGCUCCAAGACUCCCUCAUGACCCUAGGAAAUCUAGAAAUAUCUCUGCUUACGUACACCUUGAGCGUGUGGUACCUUUACUUGUAAAACAAUCGUGGUCAUUGUCUUUGGCUAAUUUGGGUUUUGGAAAUGCAAAGGCUGAGUCUAUAGUAGGCAUUAAGGAUAGCGAACCAAAAUUUGAUGAUGCAGUGAUUGGCAUCACUUCUGAUGAACCAAUUUCUUCUGAAAGCUUAAACGUCGAACAACAGCUGGAACCACUACGGGUUAUGGAUGCCAAGAUUUCGGAAAUGUUAGGAACUCUGAGGAGGCAUUUCUCAAGUAUUCCUGAUUUUAGACAUAUGCCGGGGAUUAAGGUCAAAAUCUCAUGUUGUUUGAGAUUUGAAUCUGAUCCCUUCAGUCGGAUAUGGGGAUUUAGUUCUCCUUCAGAUAAUCCAAAUGCAGCGGAUGCACUUCCAGCAAUAUAUGCGACUGUACUCAAGUUUUCUUCUUCAGCACCAUAUGGGUCUAUUCCACUAUUUCGCAUACCAUUCCUUCUUGGAGAGCCUCCAAAGAAAAAUGAUUCUUCUGUCCAGAAAGUUAACUCAGAUGUUCAUGCUGUAGAAAAUGGUGCCCAUGAAGAUGAUAGCUUUAGAGCUUCUGUUACAAUAGAAUUAGAACCUCGAGAACCGACUCCCGGGAUGGUGGAUGUUUUUCUUGAAACUAAUUCGGCCAAUGGUCAAAUCAUUCGGGGACAGCUGCAUAGUAUCUCUGUGGGCAUAGAAGACAUGUUUCUCAAGGCUAUUACCCCAUCUGACAUCCCCGACAGCUCAGUUCCUCUUUAUUACUCUGACUUGUUCACAUCCCUCUGGGAGGCAUGUGACGGUUCUUCCAACUUUGGACGGGAGACCUUUCCUCUGAAAGGAGGUAAAGGCGUCGCUGCAAUCAGUGGAACCCGAUCAGUCAAGCUACUGGAGGUCCCUGCAUCCUCUAUGAUCCAAUCCACUGAACGGUACCUCGCUCCUUUUGUUGUAAAAGUAACCGGAGAACCGCUUUCAGAUCUUGUGAAAGACGGCGGAGUUAUUAAAGAUAUCAUCUGGAAGGAUUCUGUUCUGGAUAUUUCCGAUGACGCUACCCUUGCAAGUGUCAAUUUUGAGGGUCCACUUCAACUCAAGUACACUGAUGAGGAGGAUGACAGGGAAACCUAUGCCAACUAUACCAGCAGAAACAUGGGCUGCAUCCAUAUCCUCAUAUUUCUUCCACCAAGGUACCAUCUUCUUUUGCAAAUGGAAGUAUCUGAUGCUUCGACUUUGGUUAGAAUAAGAACUGACCACUGGCCAUGCCUGGCUUACAUUGAUGAUUAUUUGGAAGCUCUCUAUUUGGCGUAGGAGAAGUUUUGUCCUAAUGGCGAGUUCGUCUAGAUUCUUGAUGACUCUACUUUGUGCCACUGUAAGAUAAUCCGCCUGUUGUUGUAAAUGCUCUCUCCCAAUUUUUUCGUUCCUUAAUUUAAAAGAAAGGAGGGUUUUUGGUC